AUGCUGAUUCACACCGCACGGUCGAGCCGCAGCAGCAGCAGCCCAGCGGCCGCGUCCAGCAGAGCGUCGCAGCUAUGCUCGUUGCUGCUGCUGCUGCUGAUGCUGCUGGUUUGCCUCGUCUCGCUCAGCUCAGCUCAAACCGUCACCGAGGUCAUCACCCGAACCACCGGCUCAGCCUCUCUCAACAGACCCACACGCACAGCCGCGCCCGCAGCCUCCGACGCCACUACCACCAGAUCCACGCCGGCAGUCACCAGCACCACCAUCCCCGACCUUCCGCUGUCUGGCCCGCAGGUUCCCUUCCUCCUCCAAAAACCCAUCCCAGCACAGUACGAUGAUCUCUCCCGCAAAGUCGUCUCCCGCAUGAAGGAUGUCUACUUCACAGGCUGUCCCGCAGAUCAGGUCAACUACGUCGAUCCCACCUUGCGCAUCAACAUCUCCGCCGUGUAUACCCAAUUCGAUCCUGUCCUCGGCAGCAGCAACCAUCUGGCAGAUCAAACCUCGUACAGCUCCGGCGUCCUCAGGAUCGUUGCCGUCGGCGCCACCGACAGCGUCGGCAGGACCGUGAAUACCAAUGUCGCGCCUCAACUUCUCAGUACAUUGUCGGUCGAGACGCAGUUCCUCACUUUUUCCGUCUUUGGCAACGAUUCCUACCUCUGCGAUAGCCUCUAUCCUGUCGCCCCCGAUCCCAACGGCACUGUCAUCAACGGUGUGGUCAUCCAGCCCGCUGGCUGCCUGUACGGUCCCGGUCAGGUCUCGCUCGGCGUCGGCAUCCCGCUCAACGACACAUACACGCUUGGAACGCUCUGGACGCGCAUCCGUCUCAGUGACACCUCCAGUCCGCCCCUCGACAUCGCCUGCAUCGAAGUGUACGCUAACCCCUACGACCGCGAAAAGUGGUACUGGAAGCUCAUCUUUUGGUUCCCUGUCGCUCUCGCCAUCGGCUUCCUCGUCGUCAUCGCAUUAGCCCGCACCUUCUGUGCUAUCACCUCCCGCGCACGAGCUUUCAAGAACAAGGCGAGGGAAGGCAGCCAGCCCAACAUCAUCAAGGACACCAUCGCCCCAACCCUCGUCUCGGCCCUCUCGGGUCAGAAGUUGGCUUUGAGCGCUGCACUCCUCCGCUUUGCAACUCCUGGUUGCUGGGACAUCAUCAUGCACACCCAAUUCGUGGCUGCCAUUUCCAUGGUUGCGGUGCGCUGGCCCGAGUUUUCCUACGCCUUCUUCAAACAGGCUUCUUGGUCCACCCUUACCGGCAACGUCACCAUCAUCCGUCCUGCCGAGUUUGACGCCCAGUCCGACCUGCUCUACACCAACGCCUCCCUGCCAUCGGGAGACAUCGACGCUCAGUUCUCCAACGCCUCUUCGCCAUUGUACAUGAAUCAACAGGCGCCGAACCGCUUCAUGAAUCUCGACGGCGCACGUGCCGGUAUGGAUGCCUACGCCCACGCUGUGGGGCUGCGACCGCGCGAUCUGUUCGGCACGUGCCUCAGCAUCUGGCUCUUGAUCGUCGCCGCCAUUGUCGGUCUUUCAUUGCUCGCUUGGCUCGUCGACUCGUUCCACGACACCUUUUUGCGUUUGCAGAAGCGUCGCGAGGAUGGCUACAGCCUGGACGUCGCCGACGCACCAUCUGCCGCCGAGACAAAGGAAGUCGUUGAUGCCGAUGACGACCGGCCGCGCUCGUCGAUAAGCCGGCGUGGCGGGUAUCGGUUCCUCGGUGUGGGCGGCAAACGCCUGUUGGGCUCGAGCGACAACACGUUCCAUCUUCGCAUGCUGCACGGCAACAUCUUGCGCGCCGUCUUCCUCUUCCAUCUGCCCAUCACCAUCUUCACCACCUUUCAGAUGGCCAACGCCGACAUCUUCUCGGCCACCUCCGUCGGCCUCGCUGGCCUUGCCUUUGCCUUCCUCUCGGUGCUUGCUCCCUUCUACGUGGCCUUCUCCAUCAGUCGUGCUCCCACUGCAAAGCUUUACGACUCGAUCGAUACUCUUGCUGCGUUUGGCCCCGUCUACAACAACUACAGCCCCGGCUCGCAGCUCUUCUGCAUCGUUGAUUUCGCACGCACCUUGAUCCUCGGUGUCGUAAUUGGCGCAGGACAGGGCAACGGCAGUGCGCAGGCUAUCAUCAUCCUCGUGUUUGAGAUCAUGUUUGCGCUCGCUUGCGGCCUGUGGUUGCCCUGGGGUGAAGGUGCCAUGAUGGGUCCUGUCAGCUUUGUUGUCAACGUUCUGCGCAUCUUCACCGCCGUGCUCGUGCUGCUGCUCAGUCCCUUGGUCGAUUUCGGUCGCGAGCCCAACGGCUGGUUGACGUACGUCAUCCUGCUGAUACAGGGUAUCGUCUAUGUGUGCGCUGCUUUGAUUUUGGUCGUCAAGUUGGUGGAGGGCCUUGUGCGCUUGCUAGGACGUGCCUCGUUUGACGAGCGGGCGUCAACGCGUUUGUCGGGUCUGGGAGGUGCCGUGCGCAAGAUCCGAAAGAGGAAGGAGGGCAAGCUGCAACUCAGCAAGAACGGCAACAAGAAGCGCCUCUCGCAGACCCGACAGCCGCUCAAUCGCUCCGCAUCGAGCAACACACAGACGAUCAUGCUCAACGCCCUCGGCAAGGAUGGUUCUACAGGCGAAAACACACCCGCCGUGCCGUCUUCGCCCCGGAGGAUGAGCACCCCUCUGCCAUCUACCAUGUCGACGAAUCGCAUGCCCAUGCACUCGCGUCAGGCCUCGUACGCUUCGUACCUCGACAGUCAAUUGCAAGGAAGAAGGUCGCCAGCGGACAUGCUAGCAGAUGGCAACGGUCCUUACUCGACUUAUUUGCGGGGCGAUCCGCACGACGAGGGCUUCAUCAUGGCCGCCUUGCCGUCCACUGUGGCGAGCGGCAGGGCUGUGUCUCCGCCCCCGCAGCUGCAUCAGUGGAAUGGACGACAGUCGCCUCCGCUGCCUGCACCGCAGUCUGGAUUCGUUCGCAUGAGUGGGGGUCGCGCUACUGACGCAGCUCCGUACCAAGCGUUGCAAGGCCGCACCCAGUCCUCUCAGCUACCGAGACCGUUGAGCAGUGGCAGCAUCGAGCGCAUGUCACCGACGCAACAAUUCCAGUCUCUUCCUUUUCAACGUCGACCACGACCGCAAUCGCAGAUCGCUGCGGUGGACUCCUACUUUGACCCUCGUCGGCAGUCCAUGCCGCCUGCGAACCAGGACGACGGCAUCGGUCUGUCGAGCACCGAGGCUGCCGCACGUAACGCCACCAUCCGGCGCUACUCGCAGGGCGCGCAGCUGCGCGCGAGCCAGUCGAUCGCCGGCAUGAUGGCGGUGGAUGAGGAAGGCCAGCCGAUUGAGCCCGCUAGCAAGAAACCCAAUGGCAAAUUCUGGAAGCGAGGCGGUGCACGUAGCGACUCGGACAGCGACGACGAUGACGACGACAAUGGAGCUUAUGCAUACGGCGCGGACAACGCGGCUUUCCGAUCUCGUGGAGGAUGGAGAGGGUUGAACAAGAUGAGUGCUGCCAUGUCCAGCUUGGCCGCGAGGUUGGGAUCUGGUAAGCCAAAUGGAGCUGUGGCCGAGGAGGGCGACAACAGCCUCGAGCCCCCCGCAUCGGAAGCGGAAGGGUCGGGCACGAGGCAGGGUCACGGCGGAUUUGAAGUCGUACGUCCGCAGCGGCCGAGGCGAAGCUCGGCGGCAGCAGACAGAGCACUGGACUCGACAGCGCUGGCAGCGGCGUCUGCUGGUGCUGUAGCAGGCUCGAUGACGCACCCGUCACCCACGCCUACCGCUGUGCAGCCGGCGAGCAGUGCUGAAGCGAUUGGUGCUCGUCCGGACAGCCGUCGUGCAGUCGCGUCUGCUGCAGACGCCUACUCGAUGCCCGCGUACGAAUCACAGCAGCGCGCUCUGCUGGACGAGCUUGACGAUUCGUCGGGCACGCUGCCGCCAGGAGCUGCAGAUCAAGCGCUGCUCUUGCCAUCGCGCAGUUCGAACCGCCCGUCUUCGGCUAUCCUCAGCUCAAGCGCGAGCAGACCUGCCGCUGUCAACGAAGACAUGUUCUGGGUCUCGUCGUCGUCUCCCUCAGCGUCGCGGCCACAAUCUUACGCGGCGUCUCGACCAGUCUCUGCAUCGUCGUCGCGCAUGAUGUCGGCGGCGGCGACGGCGCUCUCUACGACAGCAUCGAAACGCGAUUCUCGGCAGCAGGUGUCGACGUCGUCGUCGAAAGGACGGAUCGCAGAGCCGAUGCAGGCUGAAGUGGUCAACGCAGCUGCCGAGGAUUCAUCUUCUGCGGAGGGAUUCGCAACUCCUCCUGCGGGCAUGGUGGACGCGUCUGAGCCGUCGAUGUUCGAUGCGGAUGGCAGACUGGUUUCGUCUGCUAUCAACUUUGAUCGCGCUCCCACUCACGCCUCGGCGGCAGCGUCGACAGGGCCGAUGCAGAGGUCGACAGGGCCUGAUGGCGGUACGCCUCAGGUCUGGGACGCUGCGCAAGCAUACCAGUGA